AUGCUGGGUUGGGACUAUGUCGCUGGAGGCCAGCUCGCCGCACUUCCAGAGUUUAGAAAGCAAUUCGGAGUUCGUCAAGAAGAUGGCUCCAUGCUUCUCCCAGCCCACUACCUUGCUGCCUGGGCUGCAGUUGGCCUGGCAUGUGACAUAGUUGCGGCUCUUAUUUCAGCACCGUUCCUGGAAAAGUACGGUCGAAAAUAUCAGAUAAUCAUCGCGUCGGUCAUCUCUGUCGUUGGUGUAUUGCUGCAACAGCUUGCCACAGAGUGGAAGAUGCACCUAGCUGGUGCUGCCGUAGGCAUGAUGUUCACUAUUUCGCCUCUCUGGAUAGGAGAAACCUGCAGGCCAGAACUGCGAGGCUUGUUUCUCUGCUUAUUCAACGCAAGCAUCGUCCUUGGACAGUUUCUCAUUGUAGUCAUUGGUUACGGGGCUAGUAACAUUGACGGCUGGUGGCUCAUCUUCUUCGGCACUGGUAUCCUCACAGCUAUUUCAGGGUAUUUUCUCUUUCCUGAGACAAAGGGCCUUUCUUUUGAACGCAUUGACGAACUUUACAACAAGGGUACUGCUCCCAGACAUUUCAAAAAGAAAUCGAUCGAGAUGGAUCUUUCAAUGGUAUCUAGACAGGGAGUAAAAGAUGGAGAGGAUAUUGCGAAUGUGGUUGAGAUUUCAAAGGUGUGA